AUGCCGGGGGUCCCGCUGCCCUUCGUCCUCCUCCUCCUCCUCCUCCUCCUCGCCGGGGCGCCCGCCCAGUCCUUCCCGCGGGACCUGGUGGCUCGCAGCACCGUGGGGCUGGCAGCCACGGCCUCGUACCCGCGAUUCGGGGGUCUCCGGGGGGACAACGGCACGGCCCGGCUCGGCCUGGACUUCCAGCGGAUGCUGAGGCUCAACGGGACGCUCUUCGUGGCUGCCCGGGACCACAUCUACGCCUUCGACCUGGGCCAGGACAAGGGGACGCUGUACCCAGAGCGGCACCUCACCUGGGAGACGCAGGACAGGGAGAACUGCGCCAUGAGGGGCCGGCGGCAGGACGAGUGUCACAACUACAUCCGGGUGCUGGUGCCCCGCGACGCCGAGACCCUCCUGGCCUGCGGCACCAACGCCUUCAGCCCCCUGUGCCGCACCUACCAGGUGAGCAGCCUGGCACAGCAAGGUGACGAGGUCAGUGGCCAGGCCCGGUGCCCGUUUGACGCCAAGCAAAGCAUCGUGGCCCUCUUUGUCGAUGGCAGCCUGUACUCGGCCACGGUGGCCGAUUUCCAGGCGAGUGAUGCCGUGAUCUACCGCAGCCUGAGCCCCGGGCAGGCUCCCCUGCGCACCCUCAAAUACAGCUCCCGCUGGCUGCAGGAACCCCACUUUGUCCAGGUGCUGCCCUACGGCCCCUAUGUCUACUUCUUCUUCAGGGAGGUGUCAGUGGAGCUCAGCGCCCUGGGCAAGGUGCUGGUGGCCCGCGUGGCCCGGGUGUGCCGCAAUGACCGCGGCGGGUCCCCGCGGGUGCUGGAGCGGCGCUGGACGUCCUUCCUGAAGGUGCGGCUGCAGUGCUCCGUCCCGGGCGACACCGUCUUCUACUUCGAUGUCCUGGAGGCCGUGACACCCCCCCAGACCCUGCACGGGCGCCCCGCUGUCCUCGCCCUCUUUGGCACCCAACCCAACAGCAUCCCGGGCUCGGCCGUCUGCGCCUUCUACCUGGCAGAUGUGGAGCGAUCGUUCGAGGGUCCCUUCGCCGAGCUCCGCGGGGCCACCUGGGCCCCGGUGCCAGAGGACAGGGUCCCUCAGCCCAGGCCGGGCUGCUGUGCCGGGAUGGGACCUGCUGCCGGUGUUGUCACCUCUGGGGACUUCCCUGACGAGACGCUGGUGUUCGCCAAGGAGCACCCGCUGCUGCACGGCGCCGUGAGCCCCGCGGGCGGGCGGCCUCUCUUCACCCGCACCGGCACCAGGCUGACCCAGCUGGCCGUGGACACGGGAGCGGGGCCCCGAGGGAACCACACCGUGCUGUUCCUGGGGGCCGAGGAUGGGCGGGUGCUGAAGGUCCUGGCAGCUGCACAGAGCCCUGAGGCCACCCAGCCCCCCGGGGGCACCCCGGCCCCGGGGGACACCCGAGGGAGCUGCCUGGCUGCCCGGGACCCCUAUUGUGUCUGGCUGCCCUCCAGGGGCUGCGUCCCCUUUUCCGAGGACCUUCCGACUGGCUUCCAGCAGGACGUGGAGGGAUCCCUCGGGAUCAGUGGGACCUGCCAAGGUGAAUUGGGGGAACGUGGGGGACACUGGGAACGUGGGAAUAUUUGGGGAGGGGUUCGGCACCCCGGGCCGGCGCCCGAAGCCACGGUGCCGGUGCCGGUGCUCGUGGGCUGCGUGCUGGGCGCCUUCGCCCUGGGUGCCCUGGCCACCGGGCUGGUGGCCACGUGCUGCCAGCGCCCCGCCGUGCCCAAGGCGCCCCCGGAGCCACCGUGCGCCCCACGGAGCCCAGCCCAGCCUCCUGUCCCCCGCCUGUACCCCGUGCUGCCGCCCCAGCCCCAGCCCCAGCCCGAGCCCGAGCCCCCCGCGCCGCCCCCAGCCCGGGCACCCCGGCACCGGGAGCCCCGGCGUGGCCACACGGCCCCCCCGGAGCCCCCGGAGCCCCCCGGGCCGGGUCCCCCGGGCCAGGCGGGCAGGGAGGAGGUUCUGCAGCGGCUGCAGGGGGGCUCGGGGUGGCCCGGGACCCCCCCGGGCAACGGCUCCUUCGCCAACCGGGUUCUGCCGCGCUCCGCUGGCCCCGGGCCCCCGUUGGGCCCCCACGACCGGGCCCCGGUGCGGGUGGACGUGCCCCCCGACAGCCCCCCGUGCCCGCGGCGGCCGCUGGCACAGAGCCGCUCGCUGGGGGGGAUCCCCGUGAGCCCCCCCGGGCCAGCCCGGGGCCUGACCCGCAUGCACUCGCUGGGGACACCGGGGGGCUCGGCCUGGGGACCCCGGCCCGGGGCCCUGGAGCGCUCCCUGUCCCUGAAACCCCCCCUGCUCCCCAAGCCGCUGCUGCUGCCCGCGGCCCCGGGGCGGCCCUGA